AGCACCAGUCCGGGGCCGGGCGCUCAGAGCGCUAGUCGCCAGCGCGGCGGACGGAUCGCGGCGCGCAGCCGGCCGCCCGCAGAGGCGCUGCGGCCCGUGCAGCCCCGGAGGCCCCGCGCGAGGAGGCGGAGGAGGAGAGGCCGGCUUGCCGCCCGCGCCCCACAGCCCGCCGCCGCUCCCCCUCCCCGCGGCGCCGCGUCUUGAAUGGAAACAUGGCGGUGCCGGCUCGGACCUGCGGCGCCUCCCGGCCCGGCCCCGCGCGGACCGUGCUCCCCUGGCCCCGCCGCGGCCCCCGUCCCGGCGCCCGGAGCCCCGCGUCCGGGCCCCCGCGCCCGCGGCUGCUGUUCUUGCCGCCACUGCUGCUGCUCCCGCUGCUCGCCGCCCCCGGCGCCUCUGCCUACAGCUUCCCCCAGCAGCACACGAUGCAGCACUGGGCCCGGCGCCUGGAGCAGGAGAUUGAUGGUGUAAUGCGGAUCUUUGGGGGCGUCCAGCAGCUCCGGGAGAUCUACAAAGACAACCGGAAUCUGUUUGAGGUACAGGAGAAUGAGCCUCAGAAGCUGGUGGAAAAGGUGGCAGGGGACAUCGAGAGCCUGCUGGACAGGAAAGUACAGGCCCUGAAGAGAUUGGCCGAUGCCGCAGAGAACUUCCAGAAAGCCCACCGCUGGCAGGACAACAUCAAGGAGGAAGACAUCGUGUACUAUGAUGCCAAGGCUGACGCUGAGCUGGAUGACCCUGAGAGUGAGGAUGUGGAGAGGGGCUCCAAGGCCAGCACCCUAAGGCUGGACUUCAUUGAGGACCCAAACUUCAAGAACAAGGUCAACUAUUCGUACACGGCAGUGCAGAUCCCCACGGAUAUCUACAAAGGCUCCACCGUCAUCCUCAAUGAGCUCAACUGGACGGAGGCCCUGGAGAAUGUGUUCACCGAGAACCGCAGGCAGGACCCCACCCUGCUGUGGCAGGUCUUUGGCAGUGCCACGGGAGUCACCCGCUACUACCCAGCUACCCCAUGGCGAGCCCCCAAGAAAAUCGACCUGUACGACGUCCGAAGGAGACCCUGGUACAUCCAGGGGGCCUCGUCACCCAAAGACAUGGUCAUCAUCGUGGAUGUGAGUGGCAGCGUGAGUGGCCUCACCCUGAAACUGAUGAAGACGUCUGUCUGUGAGAUGCUGGACACACUCUCGGACGAUGACUAUGUGAACGUAGCCUCAUUCAACGAGAAGGCGCAGCCUGUGUCGUGCUUCACACACCUGGUGCAGGCCAAUGUGCGUAACAAGAAGGUGUUCAAGGAAGCUGUGCAGGGCAUGGUGGCCAAGGGCACCACAGGCUACAAGGCCGGCUUCGAGUAUGCCUUCGACCAGCUGCAGAAUUCCAACAUCACCCGUGCCAACUGCAAUAAAAUGAUCAUGAUGUUCACGGACGGCGGCGAGGACCGAGUACAGGACGUCUUUGAGAAGUACAAUUGGCCCAAUCGGACGGUGCGCGUGUUCACAUUCUCUGUGGGGCAGCACAACUAUGACGUCACGCCUCUGCAGUGGAUGGCCUGCGCCAACAAAGGUUACUAUUUUGAGAUCCCUUCCAUCGGUGCCAUCCGCAUCAACACACAGGAAUACCUAGACGUAUUGGGCAGGCCCAUGGUGCUGGCAGGCAAGGAGGCCAAGCAGGUGCAGUGGACUAACGUGUAUGAGGAUGCGCUGGGGCUGGGGUUGGUGGUGACAGGGACCCUCCCAGUAUUCAACCUGACACAGGAUGGCCCUGGGGAAAAGAAGAACCAGCUGAUCCUGGGAGUGAUGGGCAUCGAUGUGGCUCUGAAUGAUAUCAAGAGGCUGACUCCCAACUACACGCUUGGAGCCAACGGCUACGUGUUUGCCAUUGACCUGAAUGGCUACGUGUUGCUGCACCCCAACCUCAAGCCCCAGACCACCAACUUCCGGGAGCCUGUGACUCUGGACUUCCUAGAUGCAGAGCUAGAGGAUGAGAACAAGGAAGAGAUCCGUCGGAGCAUGAUCGACGGCAACAAGGGCCACAAGCAGAUCAGAACACUGGUCAAGUCCCUGGACGAGAGGUACAUAGACGAGGUGAUGCGCAACUACACCUGGGUGCCUAUAAGGAGCACCAACUACAGCCUAGGGCUCGUGCUCCCUCCCUACAGCACCUUCUACCUCCAAGCCAACCUCAGCGACCAGAUCCUGCAGGUCAAGUUGCCAAUCAGCAAACUGAAGGAUUUUGAGUUCCUGCUCCCCAGCAGCUUUGAGUCUGAAGGACAUGUUUUCAUUGCUCCCAGAGAGUAUUGCAAGGACCUGAAUGCCUCAGACAACAAUACCGAGUUCCUGAAAAACUUCAUUGAGCUUAUGGAGAAAGUGACUCCAGACUCCAAGCAGUGCAACAACUUCCUUCUGCACAACCUUAUCUUGGACACGGGUAUCACACAGCAGCUGGUGGAGCGCGUGUGGCGGGACCAGGAUCUCAACACGUACAGCCUUCUGGCCGUGUUUGCUGCCACCGAUGGUGGCAUUACUCGCAUAUUCCCCAACAAGGCAGCUGAGGACUGGACAGAGAACCCUGAGCCCUUCAAUGCCAGCUUCUACCGCCGCAGCCUGGAUAACCGUGGCUAUGUCUUCAAGCCCCCACACCAGGAUGCCCUGUUAAGGCCUCUGGAGCUGGAGAAUGACACUGUAGGCAUCCUCGUCAGCACAGCUGUGGAGCUCAGCCUGGGUGGACGCACACUGAGGCCAGCAGUGGUGGGUGUUAAGCUGGACCUAGAGGCCUGGGCUGAGAAGUUCAAGGUGCUAGCCAGCAACCGUACCCACCAGGACCAGCCUCAGAAGCAGUGCGGCCCCAGCAGCCACUGUGAGAUGGACUGCGAGGUUAACAAUGAGGACCUUCUCUGUGUCCUCAUUGAUGACGGAGGAUUCCUGGUGCUGUCAAACCAGAACCAUCAGUGGGACCAGGUGGGCAGGUUCUUCAGUGAGGUGGAUGCCAACCUGAUGCUGGCACUCUACAAUAACUCCUUCUACACCCGUAAGGAGUCCUACGACUAUCAGGCAGCCUGUGCCCCCCAACCCCCAGGCAACCUGGGUGCCGCACCGCGGGGCAUCUUUGUGCCCACCGUUGCAGACUUCCUUAACCUGGCCUGGUGGACCUCAGCUGCAGCCUGGUCCUUGUUCCAGCAGCUUCUCUAUGGCCUCAUCUACCACAGCUGGUUCCAGGCAGACCCCGCGGAGGCCGAGGGAAAUCCCGAGGCGCGCGAGAGCAGCUGCGUCAUGAAACAGACCCAGUACUACUUCGGGUCGGUGAACGCCUCCUACAACGCCAUCAUCGACUGCGGCAACUGCUCCAGGCUAUUCCACGCGCAGAGACUGACCAACACCAACCUGCUCUUCGUGGUGGCGGAGAAGCCGCUGUGCAGCCAGUGUGAGGCUGGCCGACUGCUCCAGAAGGAGACGCACUCGGACGGCCCGGAGCAGUGCGAACUGGUACAGAGACCGAGAUACCGGAGAGGUCCGCACAUCUGCUUCGACUACAACGCGACGGAAGAUACCUCAGACUGCGGCCGCGGAGCCUCCUUCCCGCCGUCGCUGGGCAUCUUGGUGUCCCUGCAGCUGCUGCUCCUCCUGGGCCUGCCUCCCCGGCCGCAGCCUCAAGUCCACACCCACGCCUCGCACCGCCCUUGAGCACCCCCUCCCGUCCCCCACCCCAGGCCUCCCCGCCUCUCCCCUGCUCCCUGCCCCAUAUUCCCCACCUUUGAUUCUCACCCCCUCCGUCACUGAAGGCCCUGAACCUGUACGCACCAGGCCCCAAGAGUCUUAGACUUGGGGGGGGGGGCAUGGGUGUGUGGAUCCCGGGAGGUGGGGGGGGAGAAUGUCCCACAAGAGAGCGCCGCAGAUCUUUGGCCCCCAAACCAUAUCUGCUGCUGAACUGUCAGAGUGUCCCCAGAGCCCUCAUUCCCACUGGACUCACCCAUCCGCAGGGCUGGGACAAAGAAGACACAGUACUGGUGCCAAACCAGGCCCCAAUGCCCACCCUGCCUGGAAGCUCCCUUUGUGUGGGAGAACUAGGCCCUGCCCCCCUGGACUCCUCUAACCUGUCCCUUCUGCCCCACCUAGGACCAAAUCUGGAUUCCCUUGGAAUAAUGGAGGAAGUUGAGGUGGGCAGUUUGAGGCCUGUGCAUCCCAGCUUAAGUCUUAGCAGGAGAGAGGUCUGCGACAGCCUCCCAAUGGACUCCUGCCCCUCUCAGGCCUAUAUCCUCCUCUCGCUCCCCCAAGUCCUGCAGGUGUCAAAACAGUGACAGUAACACUGGCUCAGACAACCCCAUACACACCUGGAGCCCUGAGGGCAGAAACUGGACUCACAUUAGACAUACCCCGGAGAACACACACACAAACACAGACAUGCACACCAUGGGGUGGGGUGGGGGUGGGGGCUCACAAAGCCUUACACAGGGCAAGGGGUUGAUGGGAGGGUUGGUACAUGCACACCCCAUCUCCUGCUCACCACCCCCGUCUAAUCUGACCUGCAGCCCAGCUGGUCCUCCAUCUCUAAAGCUGAAUGUCAAACAGUGCCAAAUGCUGGGGCAGAUGGUGAAGACCCCUCUGUCCCACCCUAGCCGCCAGUGUCCCCUAAAUGCCCCUCAUCCCCCACCCCAGGUGCUCAUUGUAACCAUUUCUCACUAGUGUCAGUCCCCCAGUGGGACAACAUGCCACUGCCUGCACCCUUCAGCAGAGGAACCCUCACCAGACAUUGCCCUUUGCCUUAGCAGCAGUGACUUGAUUGCUCCCAGCUGGGCCAUCCCAUCCCCAAUCUGGCCCUUACACACUCAGGCCUAUGCCUACUUCCUGUCUCCUUCUCACUCACACACACACUCCAUGCCCCCAGGAGGCCAAACUGCUCCUCCCUGCUGAACACAUACUUGCACACGCAUAUGCACACAUACACACACACUGUGCACACACAGAGGCUGGGCCUGGGCACAUCACACCAUUCAUUCUGGUCAUUUUCCCCAAAGGCAUCCCAGCCUGGGGGCCAGUGGGGGGGGACUGAGGGCAGGGGGAUGUGGCCAUAGGGCUCAGAUGGACUGGGAGGAGGGGGGAGGGUGAUGCAUUAAUUAAUGGCUUCGUUAAUUAAUGUUAUGUUGCUUGUCGCUUUCUCAGUGUGUGUGUAUGGUCCAUGCCCACUGCUGGUGCCAGGGUGGGCACCCAUGCUGUACACCCAGCCUAGAUGCCAGCCAUGUCUUGCGGGGGCGUGUGUGUAACUGUAGUGUAGUCAGGUGCUCAAUGGAGAAUAUAAAAAUAAAAAAGGAUCAAACAUAUACAGAAAAAUAUAUAUUUUAAGUUUAAAAAACAGAAAACCAGACAAAAUAAUUCCCAUCAGGUAGUUGUCCAACCCCCAGCUGGGUCUGAUCCUUCUCAUCACCCACCCGACCUGGCUGCCCCCUUACCUCGGGCUCGGGGAUCUGUGGGGGACUGGGGGACCAUUUCCUUUUCUCUGCCCUUUUUUUUCAGUUGUUGUUCUAUUUUGUACAGACAAGUCGGAAAAACAACAGCGACAAAAAGUCAAGAAACUUUGUAAAAUAUUGUGUGUGUGAUUCCUUGUAAAAUAUUUUCAAAUGGUUUAUUACAGAAGAUCAGUUAUUAAAUAAUGUUCAUAUUUUCACUUCAAA